AUGAAAACAAUUCUUUUGAAUCAUUCAACCAUACUCGAUUGCUAUGAAAUCAAUUUGAGAUUGUUUGCACAUAUUUCUACCCUCGCUAUCACUCAGAUGCAAACAACAAUUUCCUAUUCAACUUUAUUUAUGUUGAACAGAUGUCAACAGUCAAAUAUUUGGUUGGAUUUUAAUAUGAAAGCUGCUUUAUGUGUUUUCGAAGCCAUGUUUUUGAAUUCAUCUCCAAUUUUACCAAAAGUCUGA